AUGAGUUGAGGGUAAAGUUCGUCUCUCUAGAAGUUUUCCUGCAGAAGCCUAAAUUUACUCAAACUGACAAAAAUCACAGCAGAGCCCUGAAACAACAAACUUUAGAUCAAACACUUGCGCAGCAAACUUUUGGCGAUCCCAAACUUGCAGGUUUGAAGGGCGACUGCUCGUUAGGACAUUCUUCAAGGGAUUGCAAAAGGGGUUUUAUUAAGAUUAGUCUCUUUAUGCUUUUUCACGUGAAAGAGCCUUUAUAAGGCGUCAUUUUGGUAGAGACGGUGGUGUGCUACACAACACGAAAAGGACUUGUGUUUUUGUGCAAAGUUUAACUUGUGCAUUUCAACAUGGCAGUGCAUACGUUACCGGAGGGAUUCACGGAGUCUGAUAUGUUUACAUUCGGCUCAGCGCUCCUUGUUGGGGGCAUGCUUGGAUUCUUCCUCAAUGCCAUCAGCAUCGUGUCUUUCCUCACAGUGAAGGAGAUGCGGACUCCCAGUAACUUCUUUGUGUUCAAUCUUGCUGUGGCUGACAUCUGUUUGAAUAUUAAUGGACUCACAGCUGCAUAUGCGAGCUACCUCAGAUAUUGGCCAUUUGGUCAAGAUGGAUGUGCCUAUCACGGUUUUCAAGGGAUGAUAGCGGUCCUGGCGUCCAUCAGUUUCAUGGCUACCAUUGCUUGGGACAGAUAUCACCAGUACUGCACCAGACAGAAGCUCUUCUGGAGCACUACUCUGACGAUGAGCGGCAUCAUCUGGAUUCUUUCCAUCUUCUGGGCUGCUGUUCCUCUCAUGGGAUGGGGCGUCUAUGACUUUGAGCCUAUGAGGACUUGCUGCACACUGGACUACACCAGAGGGGACAGGGACUAUGUGACCUACAUGUUAACUCUGGUGCUGCUGUACCUGAUGUUCCCAGCUUUCACCAUGAUAUCAUGUUACGAUUCCAUCUACAAACACUUCAAGAAGAUCCAUCACCACAGGUUUAACACCAGUUUGCCCUUGAGGGUAAUGCUGAUGUGUUGGGGCCCCUACGUCCUCAUGUGUAUCUACGCCUGCUUCGAGAACGUGAAGGUCGUAUCUCCAAAGCUAAGAAUGGUGCUUCCAGUUGUUGCAAAGACAAAUCCCAUCUUCAACGCUGUCCUCUACUCUUUUGGAAAUGAGUUCUACCGAGGCGGAGUGUGGCACUUCCUCACUGGACAGAAGAUUGUUGAUCCGGUUAUUAAGAAGUCAAAAUAAAAGGAAACUCAAAUGUUCUGGCAAAACUCCAAAACCAACAUUUCCUCUUAUGAUAGGUUCCUCAUACUAUUGGUAAGGUGUUGUAAACAUCAAUGAGCCAUUUAGAUGUCUGUACAGUUGUAAUAUUUUCACAUGUGGACAGUAGCUGAAACUAUGGACGAUCUCUACAUUUGGAGCCGCCACAGCAGCCUCAUGCUGGAUUUGUAUAAAUCUACAAAAUGUAUGUUGCAGGUAAUUUGUAUUUAACCUGCACUGCUCCUCCGUCCGUGUUAGACCACUAACAAUAAACACAUUGCGUUGCUGCUCUCCUUC